AUGUCGAGACAUUAUAACACGGUUGAGCGUCUGGACAGGCCCAGCGCCUAUUACCAGAGCAAGAACAAGCGCCGCAGAUACAACGAUCGAGAAGACAAGCACGAGGACCCGAAUGACGAGCUGCGGAAUGCUACAACUCUCUAUGUCGGCAAUCUUUCAUUCUACACAACCGAGGAACAGAUCCACGAGCUCUUCGCCAAAUGCGGCGAAAUAAAACGUCUAGUCAUGGGAUUGGAUCGUUUCCAGAAGACGCCAUGCGGUUUCUGUUUCGUGGAGUACUACACCCACCAGGAUGCACUCGACUGUUUGAAGUAUAUCGGAGGAACCAAGCUUGAUGAACGAAUCAUUCGUGCAGAUCUUGAUCCUGGAUUCCAGGAGGGUCGUCAAUAUGGACGUGGAAAAUCCGGCGGACAGGUGCGAGACGAAUACCGAGAGGAAUACGAUCCAGGUCGAGGAGGAUAUGGACGAUCAGUGGCAGACCAGCGCAGACGAGAAGAGGAAGAGUAUGGAAAAGGCAGGUUUACGUUUGAAGCCAAAGCGGAACAGCUGCUAGAACUCGGUCAACAGCUGCUAGAGUCGAGAUCCUUGUCGAGUCGCGCAUCUUCGAGAGGUUUAGACCGGGUAGCUGGCACCCACCCCCAAGAGAGGUCGUUGUCAACGACGUUCGCAAUGCAAUUCAAGCAAGCAUGGCUCCUACACCCAAAAAAAGCCGCGCUCUGUCGUCUCGUUCGACAUUUUUUCCCGACUACUGACAAAUUCAAUGGAUCAUCUCAGGCUGUUGAAACCAAGCAUACUCAUGCCAGCGCCGGACAAGGCACCAAGAGAACUCGCCAUCACGCCGAAUAUGACGCGCCUGACGUAAUGGUGGUUGAGUCGGACGAAUCCGACGAUGUGGUAACCCUCUCGACAAAGAAGCGCAAUGCAUCUCAGGCGUCCAAGGCUAUACCAGGGCUGCAGGAAUUGACAAACCGCAUCUCGACUCUCGAGCACGCGAUCCAUGGAAUUGACGUACAUCCAUCUUCGUCAGGCUGA